AUGGCUGCAAUAGGUAUGCCACCACAUAUAUUAGCAUUAUUUGCUGCACGUAAACCAUUAGAUCCAUUCCCUGCAUUUAAAUCUAAACAUCCAAGACGUUAUAUAGGACUAAGCGACUACGUAAAAAAGUUUGAGUUAACUCCUCCUCCAGCCCCAAUUCCCUUUGAGUCUCCUCGUCAACGUAAGCAGCGUAUAAAAAGAACAAAGUUACUGCAACAUUUACAGCAGCAGCAGCAAUUAGUUGAACUAUAUAAACCUCUACAAGAUAAAAAUAUACAAGGUGAUCCUUUUUGUACAUUAUUUAUUGGUAAAUUAAGUUAUGAUACAACAGAGAAGAAAUUAAAAAGAGAAUUUGAGGUGUAUGGACAGAUAAAAAGAAUAAAAAUAAUUACUAAUAAAGAAGGUAAAUCAAGAGGAUAUGCAUUUAUUGAAUAUUUUAAUGAUAAAGAUAUGAAGGAAGCAUACAAGAAAGGAGAUGGUACUAAGAUAGAUAAUAAAAGAAUAUUAGUAGACGUAGAGAGAGCAAGAACUGUACCUGGUUGGUUACCAAGAAGGCUAGGAGGAGGAAGGGGGCCCCCUAGGGGUGCAGGAAAAAAUCAGCCAGAUCUAAGUACAUUAGUUGCACAAAUUAAUAAUCCUAAUAAUAAUAAUAAUAAUAAUAAUAAUAUUAAUAAGGAUAAGGAGAGGGAUAAGGAGAAGGAUAGGGAGAGGGAGAAGGAGAGGGAUAGGGAUAGGGAUAGGGAUAGGGAGAGAGAGAGGGAGAGGGAUAGGGAUAGGGAUAGGGAUAGACAUAGGGAUAGGGAUAGAGGAGGAGAUAGAGGAGAUAGAAGAAGGAGGAGUAGGAGUAGGAGUAGAGAAAAAAGAAGGGAUGAUAGGGACAGAGAUAGGAGACGUUAA